AUGACCAGAGAAAUUGAAACCUCUGAGAUGAGUUGUCUCUUUGAAGAAGCAGUCAAAAUGGAGACGAUAAAGUUUCAACACUUCGUGUCCAUUUAUGGGGUAUGCAAGCAGCCCCUGGGUAUUGUGAUAGAGUUCAUGGCCCUGGAGAAGACACUACCUACCCACAACCUCAGCGGCUUGUUCUGCAUCAUCCACAAGACCAGCUUGGCCAUGAAGUUCCUCCACAGCUUUAAGCCAUCCCUGCUCCACCUGGACCUCAAGCCAAACAACAUCCUACUGGACAGCAACAUGCAUGUCAAGAUUUCAGAUUUUGGCCUAACCAAGUGAAUGGAGCAGUCAAUCCACAUACAGCACACUGAGAAAUCAGCUCUGAGGGGCACGCUCAGCUACAUUCCUCUUGAAAAGUUCCUGGAGAAUAGCAAGGCUCCAGGGCCUGAAUAUGAUAUACACAGUUUGGGAUUGUCAUUCUGGGAGAUUCUCAUGCAAAAUAAACCAUAUACAGGGCUCAAUGUGAUGAGCAUCAUUAUCUGGGUAGCUGCAGGCAUGAGGGCCCCCCACCCCUUGCAGCCUGUUUCUGCCGAAUGGCCAGAGGAGGCCCAUCAGAUGGUGGACCUGAUGAAACGCUGCUGGGACCAAGACCCCAAGAAAAGACCAUGUCUAAAUGUGACCCUGGAGACAGACAUGGUGCUGUCCCUACUCCAGAGUUCUAUGUCAUGGGACCCUGAGUGUGAAGCCCUAGUCCAGAAGGUGUUUUGCAAGCCAUCACUAAGCCAGCCCCACAAGGUCAGAAGGGAAGUCAGCCAGGAGCUUACACACAGUGGCUCAGGUGAAUCCUUGAAGUGGAUCCUUCAACUCUCUGAUGGCAAGAGCUUGGCCCCAAGUGAUGAAGAACUACAUGUCUAUGAGCACAAGAUGCCUCCCCUCUACUUCCUAGUGGCCCAGGGCAGUUUGGAGCAAAUGAAGCUGCUUCUGUCCCAUAAAGUUGAUGUGGACUGCCAGACGGCAUCUGGCUAUACACCACCCCUCAUUGCCACUCACGACCAGCAGCCUGACCUCGGUGCCCUGCGCCUGGCACACAGUGCUAGUGCCAACUUGAUAGAUGAGGAUGGCUGGGCCCCACUGCAUUUUGAAGCCCAAAAUAGGGAUAACCAUAUUAUUCAUCUGCUCCUGAACCAUUGGGCUCUGGUGGAUGCCCAGGAGUAUAAGAGCUGGACCCCAAUCCACCUCGCUGCACAGAAUAACUUUGAGAAUGUGGCACAGCUUCUGGUCUCCUGACAGGCAGGUUUCAACCCAAAGGAGGCUGAGGGUAAGACGGCCCUCCAUGUGGCUGCCUGCUUUGGCUAUAUUGAUCUGGUCAAGCUGCUGAUAAGACAUGGGGCUGAGCUGGAUGCUCAGCAGAGAAACCUGAGGACACCCCUGCACUUGGCAGUGGUGAGGGGGAAAGUGAAAGCCAUCUAACACCUGCUAAAAGGUGGGGAAUUCCCUGAUGCCCUUGACUAUGGUGGUUACAGCUCAUUGCACAUGACUGUAGCCAAGGGUAAGCAACUUAUCUUCAAGAUGCUUCUCAGAUAUGCCAGUCUGGAGCUACCCACACAACAGGAAGGGACACCCGUAAGCCUAGCAACUUACAAGGGUCACAUGGAGAUGCUUGUCAAGAGCCAUGCAGACCUAGAUGCUCUUGGAAGUAUGCACAGGAUUCCCCUGCACAUGACUGCCUUCCAUGGGGAGGAGGUGGUGGUGUCGCUGCUUCAGGGUGGGGCCAACCCCAAUGCUGCUGAUCAGUCUGGCUGGACUCCUCUCCACAUGGCAGGGCAGAAGGGGGCCUUCCUGGGCACCAUACACCUUCUGGAACAUGGUGCUGAUGUCCACACUUGCAAUAAGGUGGAUUGGACAACUGCCCACCUGGCUGCUCUCAAGAACAACAUAGCCAUCCUUCAAUUUCUGGUCAAAGCCGGUACCCAACUGGACAUCAAGGAUGGAGUUGGCUGCACACCUCUGCAGAUGACCCUCUGCAGCCAAAAACAGGGCAUAGUGACCUUCCUGGAGGGCAAGGAGCCUUCACUAGCUGUUCUGGGAGUUUCUAAGCCUGGAUCUUAG